UGGAUAUGCUUCACGCAGACCGAUUGAUAUAAAUAAGCACGAAGUCUUCCAACUAAAAAUUCAUCACAUCCUCACACACAAAAAUAAAUCAUCACAAGACCAGAGUUAAAAGAGAGACAUGUCGACUUCAUUCACAAUGAUCGGCGGUGAAGGUCCCAACAGUUACCGGGAACAUUCGAAAUACCAGGGAGCACUGGUUAUAGCUGCAAAGGAAAAGAUCAAUGAAGCCAUCUCCACGAAACUCGAUAUCGACUUUACUUCAAAUCUUGUUAACAUAGCUGAUUUUGGUUGUUCCUCUGGACCGAACACUUUCACCGCGGUACAAACCUUAAUUGAUGCUGUGGAAAACAAGUAUAAGAAAGAAAGUAAUAUUGAGGGAAUCGAGUUCCAAGUUUUCUUCAAUGAUUCUUCAAACAACGAUUUUAACACUCUCUUCAAGACACUUCCUCCGGCUAGACUGUAUUUCGCAAGUGGAGUACCGGGUUCUUUCUUUGGUCGUGUUCUUCCUAAAAAUAGUCUUCAUGUGGGAGUUUCUUCUUACUCACUCCAUUUCGUAUCCAAGGUUCCCAAAGAAAUCAAAGACCGUGACUCGCUUGUGUGGAACAAAGACAUACAUUGCUCCGGAUCUUCAAAAGAAGUUGUGAAAUUGUAUCUCGGUCAAUACAAGAUCGACGUGGGAAGUUUCUUGACCGCGAGAGCUCAAGAGCUCGUGUCCGGUGGAUUACUAUUGCUUCUUGGUUCAUGUCGUCCAACUGGAGUUCAAAUGUUUGAAACGGUUGAAGGCAUGAUGAUUGAUUUCAUUGGAAGUUCUCUUAAUGAAAUUGCUAACCAGGGUCUCAUAGAUCAACAAAAGCUUGACACUUUUAAAUUGCCUAUCUAUGCUCCAAAUGUGGAUGAAUUGAAGCAAAUCAUCGAGGAUAACAAGUGUUUCACGAUUGAGGCAUUCGAAAAGAUUAGCCACGCAAAGGGGGAGUAUCCGUUAGACCCCGAGUAUUUGACGUCCGCGUUUAAGGUCACUGUUGGAGGAUCAGUAGCUUCACUAUUUGGGCAAGAUGGGAUGGAGAAAACCUAUGAGCUUGUGAAAGAGAAGACGCAAGAAAUGCUUCCUCAAAUAGCCAAAGCCAAACCUGGAAUGCAAUACCUCAUUGUGCUUCGAAGGAACUGAUUUCAUGAUAUAGAUCUGUGAAAUGAAAUAAAUCUUGAGGCCUCAGUGAUGUCAUUACUUAUGUGUAUGUUCUGUUCUUGUCAUUUUAACAGUCUCUUCUUUUAAAUAUCAGUUACAAUUAAUAUUUUCCCUAAGAGAGAUAAUGUUUCCCUUAUCCUCUCCUCUCCAUUCUAUUCAGCUCUUAAUAUAUAAUACAUGAUGCAAGAAGACCCACCUGGAUCAAGUCAACUUCAAGUUUUUCCACCCAAACUCAUAACUCCUCGUGAAAUAUUCAAUAUUCACCAAUAGUAUGGAUAUUUAGGCAAUACACCUUUGUAGAUUACAGACCAAAUCACAUGAGUGCCAUGAGAGCUUUCCUAGAGUGCCCCUAAUUUUGCGAUUUACUACUUGUUUGGACAUUAGAGCUGUUGUAUUUCGAGCCUAUAUAGCUCAGCUCAUUUCUCAUUGUAAAAUAUCCAUUAUCAUUGAUUUAAUAAAAGUUUGUUUUCUUUUAAA